AUGGAGGAUCCUACGUUGUUCAUUCACUGGUUCUUCAGCUGCUUGUCCCUCCUGAUUAUGGGGGUGCGGCUGAUAUGGAGAAAAGUCUCCAAGCAGUCGUUUGUACUGGGUGACUACCUUACUAUGGGUGCGAUACUGUGCUGUGCUGUGAGGCUUGCGCUUAUUCAUGUUGUUCUGACCUGGGGAACGAAUAACAUUAAACCCAGUCUUCGAGAGAAGAUGGUUUUUACUGAUGAGAUCAUUUAUCGACGAGAAAUCGGGAGUAAAUUCGCCAUUACGAAUCGAGUCUUUUACAAUUCAUUCCUUUGGUUACAGAAGCUUGUGCUUCUCGAUGUUUACCGACGAUUACUCCUCAACUUGCGAUAUCAGAAGCCGAUUAUGUAUUCCUUUCUUCUCGUUUUCUUUGGUACCUACGUCGCUGUACAAGUCACCACUUUCAGCGAAUGCAACCCCUUUCAUUUGUAUUGGCAGGUUGUUCCGGAUCCUGGAACUUGCUCCAAGGCCCAACUGCAACUCAUCGUCGUUGGUGUUCUCAACAUCGUUACCGACGUGAUGCUUCUCGCCGUCCCGAUUCCAUUAUUCUUUUCGCUCAAGACUUCAUGGAAGCGCAAACUCAAGCUCUACGUUCUUUUCACUCUCGGUAUCUUCAUUGUCGCCAUUACCGUCAUCCGAUUGCCCAUCAACGCCAUGAACAAAGACAGCCAGGUCAAUCGCACGACAUGGGCCAGCACCGAGCUUCUCACCGCAACGAUAGUCGUUAACGCACCGACGUUAUAUGGAUUCUGGAAUAAGAAGAAACAAGGCACGGGAUAUGUCUACUCGCAUUCGCAAUCCCAGGGAACUGGGAUGAGAAGUCGGAAGAACACGAGAGCAACUGCUACGCUUGGAGAUGAUCCUACUACAGAAACCUUUGCUCUUGGCACUGUUCGUCACAGUCGGGAGCCUUCGGCUGGUAUUAUGCGGACUCAAGAAGUCACUGUCACAGAAUACAUCGACUCUCGAAAGAAUUCCAAGGGCACGAGUUCACGGACGGAUGAAACGGAGGUUGCGUCAAAUUCGAGUCAGCUAAGCAUACUGCGGGAUUCGAAAUAG